AUGCAUGGUGUCGCAGAGCAGCAGCAGCAGCAGCCUGUUGCGCCAGCGCCAGCAGCCGCAGUUGGCCCACCGCCGGCAGCCGGCGCCGGCUACGCCGCUCCGGCAGGUCCUCACAUUAUGCCACCCUCUGCGGCUCACCCAGCCGUGGCGCCACCACCAGCUGGUCUGGCAGGCACAAAGCGGCCGUAUGACGAGGCAGGCGCGCCUGCAGUCGCCGGCAGCUACCAGGGCACCGCUGCUGGCUACGCCACCGACGCAAAGCGGCAGCACGUGGCGCCGCCGCUGACGCCGGCGUCUGUACCGCGAGAGACUGUGUACCGCUUGGUGCUGGAUGUUGUGGACACCGCCCUCAUCAUCGGCCGCGGCGGCAACACCGUGCGCCAGAUUGAGCAGACGACCGGGGGGCGCGUGAAGCGGCUGCAGGAGCCGCCGGGCGCGCGGGAGCAGGUGGUGGUGGUCUGGAACUCGGCCAGGGAGCUGCCCUCGCCGGGGCGCAUGGCGCGCAACACGGCACAGGAGGCGCUUGUGGACUGUGUGCGGCGCGUGGUGUUCCAGGAGAAUGCGCCCAUGGGUCAGCCCAUGAGCGCACGCCUGCUGAUCAGCCGCACGCAGGAGGCGGGAGUGAUGGACAACAUGAAUGCCAUUGUGGCUGAGAACCCGGGGAUCAGCAUCGAGCUGAAGCGGGCGCAGGAGCUGCCUGCCUGCGCGCUGGACAACGAUGUGCUGGUGGAGCUGAGCGGCGAGAAGUAUUCGCUGCUGGCGGCGGUGGAGGCGCUGAGCCAUGUGCUGCGGGAGCACCCCAUCCUGGAGCGCCCGGGCGGCGCGCCCCCCGCGCUGCGCGCCCUGGCGGGCCCACCUGCCGCUGCACCGGCAGGGUACGGCGCACCGGCACCGGCGUACGGCGGAUACCGCGCGUACUAG